AUGGCUGUAGCCACCAGAUCUAAAGGAUAUCCUGACGUGACUUCUACGGAAAAUUGGAAGUAUACGACAACGAAUAAUAUUAAAAAUUUUCGCAAUAAGGAUGAAGCGCAACGUUUUAUAGCUGGUACAGUCAAAAUUUGGAAACUAGAAAGUUUUAAAAAUGGGCACUUAUUUAUCGACAAUCUGUUAAAAUCAGUUGAAAAUUUGGAGCGAUCUACUACAACAGGAUUCGAAUAUCUUGAUGAUAAUGGUGAUGUGUGCUAUAUUCUGUUUUUAAUACAAUUAAUGUCCGAUGGCAAAUCAAUACAGAUAACUCACACUCAACAUAAGCUAUCAAGAACCGGUGCUCGUAGAAGUGGAUCUGAUAGUGUACAAGUCGAAGAGUCGAAUGCUGGGCGAUGGUUAAUGCAGCGAGCAUAUGAAGAGCUUCGUUUGCCCUAUGACGCGAUCAACUCAAAUGCAAAUCAUAAAAACAUUAGCACGGAGUAUCAAAUAAAGAUCAAUGGUGAAGAACAUGACCUUAGUACGGAACAAAUAGCUAAAUUAGUGAGCAUGCAUCCUACAUCACCUUAUAACGAUGAGAUGCACUAUCACAUUAUGCAUCGACAACGACAUAGCAAAGCAUAUUUAAAAGGUAUACCAGCAAUUGCAGACUUCUGUCUACACUUAAGUCAUCCUGAAGAGUGCUUGGAAUCUUUGUCAAAUUGGUGCAAAAAAUUACAACAACCAAAAGAAUUAUGCUACACAGCACAACGUUCGAACAGUGAAAAUGUUAUGUUAAAUAUUGCUGCAGUACCAGAAAAUGAUUUGAUUCAUUUACAUGCUGCUAUUCGGGUUGGCACAAUGAAAUUAUGGAAAUGA